AUGAAGCUCCUUUUGCUGACUCUGGCUGCACUGCUGCUCUUGUCCCAGCUCACUCCAGGUGGCACCCAAAAAUGCUGGAAUCUUCGUGGCAGAUGCCGUCAGAGAUGCUUCAAGAAGGAAAGCGUCUAUGUUUACUGCACAAAUAAUAAAAUGUGCUGUGUGAAGCCCAAGUACCAGCCAAGAGAAACUUAA